AUGGCUCCAGCAGCAAAGAACGCGCCUCUGUAUAAUAAGGAGGAGCGCGUAUUGGGGUACGCCAACGAAAAUCCGAAGCCAUCUUUCAUUCGAAACACCUGCUGACACCGUAUUCUUCUUCUUGACAGCUUCCACGGCGAACUUUUGGUAAGCGAGUCCUUACAUACCUGCGAAGGGUCAUGCUGACCGUCUCCUAGUAUGAGGCGAAGGUACUUGAUGUCCGACCCAAAGACCCAAACGACAAGGAUUCCUCGUUCGUGUACAAGGUCCAUUACAAAGGUGAGAGACGUUCAGAGCGCAAACCUCCUAUCGAUCUCAGGACAGCUGCUGACAUCCUUUCAGGCUGGAAGAACACGUAAGUGCUCUUCUUUUCAUCAGGAUGCUUCCGGUCAUGUGGCGGGUGUUGUGAGAGGAAGAGCAACCCAUCAAGCCCUGCUGAUUUGGGCCCGCUCAACAACGAAUCGGCCUCCCUGUGACCUGCCAGAAUUGGCCUCUGAGAUCAUCGCGAGCAUCCGCCGUGGAAGCUUUCGGCCAAGUUUUCUAACAAAAUCACAGAUGGGAUGAGUGGGUCGCGCAAGAGAGAAUACGUAAAGUACGUUGAAUUCCAUCCGAAAAUGUCUCGGAAUACGUCAGACUGACUGAGACCUCUAGUUCACGGAGGAGAAUAAGGAGCUGGCGAGCAAUCUCAAGAAAGACAUGGACGCUCAGCGACGAGCGGCCAGUGGGAAGCCUCCAGCCAUGUCUACCAACAAGAAGCGACCCUUCGGCUCUGACCUCACCAAUUCUUCAGCGCGUGGCAGCGAAGACAGAAGCUCUGUCGCGCCUAUGCCGCCCCGAGGAACGAAACGAGGACGCGAAAUUGAGGGCAUUGAUAAGGUAAGUCGCAUGCCGUUCAGCACGGGUAGCCAGCAGCAGCAACAGCAGCAGUAGCAGCACCGCGAGCUCCCACUCUUCAUGUCUUCUGCCACCGGUGAGCACGGCAUAACGUCGACACAGCGGCGAGCGGACACUGCCCUUUGCCACCUAUUCCGCAAGUUAUCGCUCUGAUCUGCGGCUUGCGUCCUCCUGGCUCGAUUUCUCCAGGUUCAGACGGGAGAGAUGUGGGGUGUAGACGCUCAGCACUGCUCCCAGCCGGCACACUCAACCAUUCACAACAAUUCCUUUGGCACUUGACAGGCAUCAUGCUAAUCUUCACAACAGGAGGAAGAAUUCGUCCGCCGGCCAGCAGUCCGUCUCUUCAUCCCGGACACUCUGAAGUCAAUCCUAGUCGACGACUGGGAGAAAGUCACCAAAGAGCAAAAGCUCGUCCCAAUGCCAGCCAAGAUCUCCAUCUCCCAGUUCCUGCACGAGUACUACGAAGCAGAGAGCCAGUCUCGACGCCCAGGCUCCGCAGACGCCGACAUCCUUGAAGAAGUCAUCGCCGGCGUCAAGGAGUACUUCAAUAAGGCCCUGGGCCGCAUCUUGCUGUAUCGCUUUGAGCGCCCUCAGUUCCACGAAGUCCAUAAGAUGGUCGAGUCUGCCGUGUGCGAUCAUGCUGGGAAGUCUCUUUGCGAUAUGUAUGGGUGCGAGCACCUCCUUCGGCUGUUUGGUAAGCCUCACCUUGAAACGACAAAUUGAUUCGCAACAGCAUUGCUAACGAUAAUCACAGUCUCCAUGCCCGACCUCAUCGCGCACACCAACAUGGACAACCAGUCGUGUAGCCGCCUCCGUGAGGAACUCGCAAAGAUGACCCAGUGGCUCGCGAAGCGUGCACCUCGCUACCUCUCCGCCGACUACGAGCACGCUGGCCAGGAAUAUCAAAACCAGGAAACUCAGAAGAACGCGGCUUAG